UCCCUCUUCCUCUGACUCUAGGCUUCCCUGCUGCACUCUAGAACUCUUCCUUCACCAAGUCUUCUCACCAUGAACAGACAAGUCUGCAAGAAAUCCUUCAGCAGCGGGAGCCAGGGCUUCUCUGGCCGCUCUGCUGUGGUCUCCGGCGGCAGCAGCAGGAUGAGCUGUGUGGCCCGUUCAGGGGGAGCCAGUGGAGGAGCCUGUGGGUUCCGGAGCGGGGCAGGUGGCUUUGGCAGUCGCAGCCUCUACAACCUGGGUGGCAACAAGAGCAUCUCCAUCAGUGUGGCUGGUGGUUCCCGGACUGGUGGCUUUGGGGGAGGGCGUAGCAGCUGUGGCAGUGGCUUUGGAGGUGGCUUUGGAGGUGGCUAUGGAGGUGGCUUUGGUGGUGGCAGAGGAAUGGGAGGUGGCUUUGGAGGAGCUGGUGGCUUUGGAGGAGCUGGUGGCUUUGGAGGAGCUGGUGGCUUUGGUGGAGCUGGUGGCUUUGGAGGGUCUGGUGGCUUUGGAGGGGUUGGUGGCUUUGGUGGUCCUGGUGGUUUUGGCCCUGGUGGCUUUCCUGGGGGAAUCCAGGAAGUGACUGUCAACCAGAGCCUUCUGCAGCCCCUCAAUGUGGAGAUCGACCCUCAGAUUGGGCAGGUCAAGGCCCAGGAGCGGGAGCAGAUCAAGACCCUCAACAACAAGUUUGCCUCCUUUAUCGACAAGGUACGGUUCCUGGAGCAACAGAACAAGGUUCUGGAGACCAAGUGGAACUUGCUCCAACAACAGGGCACCAAUUCCAUCACAGGCACCAACAAUCUUGAACCCCUUUUUGAGAACUAUAUCAGCUCCCAGCGAAGCUACUUGGACAGCAUCCUGGGAGAGAGAGGCCGCCUGGACUCAGAGCUAAGGAACAUGCAGGACCUGGUGGAGGACUUCAAGAAGAAAUAUGAGGAUGAAAUCAAUAAGCGUACAGCUGCUGAGAAUGAAUUUGUGACCCUAAAGAAGGAUGUGGAUGCCACCUACAUGAAUAAGGUAGAGCUUCAGGCCAAGGUGGAUGCCUUAAUGGAUGAGGUCAACUUCCUAAGGACCCUCUAUGAUAUGGAGCUGUCCCAGAUGCAGAGCCACGUCAGUGACACUUCUGUGGUUUUGUCCAUGGACAACAACCGCUGCCUGGACCUGGACAGCAUCAUUGCUGAAGUCAAGGCCCAGUAUGAGGAGAUUGCCCAGAGGAGCAAGGCCGAGGCUGAGGCCCUGUACCAGACCAAGUUGGGAGAGCUGCAGACCACAGCUGGCAGACAUGGGGAUGACCUGAAGAGCACCAAGAGUGAUAUCAUGGAGCUCAACAGGAUGAUCCAGAGGCUGCGGGCCGAGAUUGAGAACGUUAAGAAGCAGAAUGCCAACCUUCAGGCAGCAAUCUCGGAAGCUGAGCAGCGUGGGGAAAUGGCUCUCAAGGAUGCCAAUGCCAAGCUUCAAGAGCUGCAGGCUGCCCUACAGCAGGCCAAGGAUGACAUGGCCCGGCUGCUGCGUGACUACCAGGAGUUGAUGAAUGUCAAGCUGGCCUUGGACGUGGAGAUUGCCACCUACCGCAAGCUGCUAGAAGGCGAGGAGUGCAGGAUGUCUGGAGAGUGCCAGAAUGCUGUCAGCAUCUCUGUGGUCAGCAGCAGCAACACAACCUCGGCCUCUGCAGGCGGUUUUGGCGGUGGCUUCGGUGUAGGCGGGGGAGCAGGCAGUGGAUUUGGUGGAAGCAGCGGAUUCGGCGGAAGCAGUGGCUUUGGAAGUGGCAGUGGAUUCGGAGGAGGCAGUGGAUUCGGUGGAGGCAGUGGCUUUGGAGGCGGCAGCAGCUUUGGCUCUGGCUCCGGGGGUCGCUGUGGGGUCAGUGGAGGAGGUUUCAGUUCUGGCAGCAACCGGGGUGGCAGCGUCAAGUUCUCCCAGUCCUCCCAGCGCUGCUCCAAAUAA